CUAUAAUCUAAGUACUGAAGGGCUUUGAACUUAAAUUUUAACUAUCGUAACAGAUAGUGCUACCAAAAUUUUAAAUGUUGUCGGGAAAGUCGAACAACUCGUUGCUGGUUUAUCCAUGUAGCAAUAACGUUUGAAUGAUCUCACAAACGUCGCAAAACAAUUUUCUACAAAAUGUGUAAAAAAUUUAAAAGGAAAGACCAUCCAAACCAACCCUGAUCAACGAGGUUUGCGUGUUUUAGUUGUAGGUUUAUAGUAAUGUUAGCAGAAGGCCAAAUAAUCUAGUCUUUCUGAUCUGUUUUUUUUGGGGGGGUGUUAAGCUAUUAACGUCCAAAAAUAAUAAUUCUCUAUCAACAUUGUUGUUAGUUAUACCAACUGCAUAGAAAUUCGAUUUAUAAUUGAUAGAAUUCGUCGAAAUUCUGCUCAACUCGAUUAUCUUAUAUCGUCUACCAUAAUUAUCGAUCCGCAAAGCGUCUACCAAUCGGGUAACAGUAAAAUCGAGAAGAAUUCUAUUAUGGCUCCCGAUAACGAACACGUACAGGCCAAGUAAUGUUACCAGAGUGCUUUAAAAUCACUAUCACCAAAUACCUACAAGACUUGCAAAGGCUCACUGUUCAAAUUUUCAGGGUACUUGUGUGGAGAUCUUCAAAUGCCAAGCAUGCCUGUACAGUUUCAGAAAUGCUACAUCGUCGAGCUGAAGAAACUGCCCAACAUCUCGGUCGUUCUGACCUAACUGUGAGGAGGUGUUGGUGGCAAUUGUGCAAAUUGAGCAAACUGUGAGGUUCUGAGAACACACGGCAAGCAAGCUCUGGAUACCCCAGACAGAAACUACCAGGAGAGAGGAUCACCUGCUCAUGACAAAACAUGAAUAAUUGCAAUAGUUUCUUUGUAGAGAUGCUGUGACAGAUGCAUGAACUGCUAAGGCAGCAUAUCAUAUAUCGUUGGUGCACAAGAAUAGUGACACAACUUAAAAAUUUUCAAUUUCGAGUUUAUUGUAGAAAUGUGUAGCAAACUCCCCAUUUUUAUGUGGAAGAAUGACAUAUGGGGAGUUUGCUAUAUAUUUCUACAAUAAACUCAAAAUUGGUUGUUGUGUCACUGUUCUUGUGCACCAGCAAUAUAGCAACAAAUCUUGGUUCUGAUUGGAAAAAAAGGAACACCAUGCUAAUGUGGAAGACAACUGAUCGGCAGCAGUGCCUCUACUGCUGUAUGACAGCUGGGGAACCAUCUUGUAUGAUGGUCGGUCACUUCCCUAGUAGUAAUAAUGGGGGCAUAGACAGCAUGGCAGUACAUUCAGGAAAUCCUGUACCCUGAUGAGUUUCCUUUUGUGUUAGAGCUGCAAACAUCCAUUUUCCAGAAAGAUAAUGCUUGGGCCACUUGCAUUUAGGAUUUCUUGGGAAUGUCUCCAAAUUUUCUUUGACUGACUGGUCUCCAGAUUUGUCAUCCAUCGAACAUUUGUGGAAUUGGAUAGAUGCCAAAGUCAGUGUACCCAUGGGUAUAAGGGACCUGGGAGCAGCAGUUGCAACAUCCGUGGGGAAAUCUGUCACAGGAUAACAUAAAAUGGCUUGAUGCUUCCAUGCCCAACUACAUGUAGGACCUUCUCUUGUCUGAAUACAAGCUUAGUGAUAACUGGAAUUAUUCUGAAAUGAAACAGUGUGUCAUCUGGUUGACAACUGGGGCCAUAACAGUAGGAAUUAUCAUAAAAAUGUAUGAUUGGUUUAAAACUGAAAAAUCUUAUAGUUCAGAAACAAUGAAAGGAAAAACAGUAAUAAUAACAGGAGCCAAUUCAGGCAUUGGUAAGGAGACAGCACGAGAGCUAGCCAGACACAAUGCAAAAAUUAUUUUGGCUUGUCGAAGCAUAAAGCGAGGAACAGAAGCUGCUAACGAGAUCAUAACAACAACGGGCAAUUCUAAUGUUGUCGUAAAACUCUUAGAUUUGAGUUCUGUAAAAUCUAUUCAAACGUUUGCUAGAAAAAUUAUAGAAACAGAAGAAAGAUUGGAUGUUCUUAUAAAUAAUGCUGGGAUAGCAGGAUCCUCAGAGCAUGUAUUAACUGAAGAAGGGAUAGAGUUGACUUUGGCAUCUAAUUAUUUUGGUCAUUAUGUAUUAACUUUAUUGUUAUUAGAUCUCUUGAAACAAAGUGCACCUAGUCGUAUAAUUAACGUCUCCUCUCUCAUGUACAAAUGGGCUAAAAUCAAUCUUGAAGAUUUGAAUUUAUUAAACGGUUACCGUCCGUUUAUAGCAUACAAUAAUUCAAAAUUAGCAAAUAUCUUAUUUACAAUAGAACUGAGCAAAAGGCUGGAGGGAACAGGUGUAACUGUCAAUUCUCUUCAUCCUGGACUUGUAAACACAGGCAUAAUGAGAAACAAAGGUGGAUUAAUGGCAAUGAUAUUCAAAAUGAUAUUUUUUCUUUUUGGAAAGAGUGCAGAAGAAGGAGCACAAACUUCUAUAUUUUUGGCUGUAUCAAAAGAUGUUGAAAAAAUAUCAGGAAAACAUUUUGAAAAAUGCAAGCAAGUUCAGUUAUCUUCGAGUGUAAAUUAUGAGUUUUUAGCCAGUAAACUUUGGGACAUAAGUAAAAAUACAUAUGACAGUAUAGAAAAGCAACAGCUACAAAACUAAAGCAAGCAAGAAUAUAAAUUUUGGUAUAAUACAUUUUAUUUGGAUAAAAAGAGAAUUUUAAAAUAAUUUCCCUUUUUAUUUAUAUAAAUUCGAAAAUAAUCAUAGAAAAUAUUUUUUUGUCUUUAAUGCAAUAAAAUACAAACAUGCAUUUUAUCAGGUCAUAUAACAAUAUAAUUUAACAAAUAUAUCAAAAUCUACAUUGCAUCUUAAGCGUAACUAUGAUCAAUGUGGCCAUUUUAAAUAUCCAUUAGAUUUUCAAAGCACCCAAAAAAAACUAUAUUUACAAUAAAAAAGAUAAGAUAU